AUGAUGGCCCCCAGCAAAAGCUUGCAGCCUGUCUUGCAGAAGAAGGUGGACGAGCUGUUUCUGCACUGGCUGAGCGAGCCCGGCACGCAGCGCCUGUUGCAGGCGUGUCUGCAGCGCCUGCUGGACCAGACGGGGGGUCCCGGGGGCGACGCCCCGGCCCCGCAGCCCCCCUGGGGGCCCCCACAAUCUGGGCAGCCUCGGGGCGCAGCGCGGCUGCAGCCGUGCCAGCCCUCUCCGCAGCCUCCACUCUCCCCGCUGCAGCCUCCCAGGUUGCCGCAGGCUCCGCAGGCGUCGGGGUCCCCGCGGUGGCUGCGCCCCUCGAAGUCUCUGCAGCCCCCCAAGUCUCUUCUGCAGCCUCCCAGGUCUCCGCAGUCUCUGCUGCCUUCGACGUCUCUGCAGCCUGAAAGGUCUCCACAAGCUCCCAAGAGGUCUCUGCGGGCCUCGUACCCCGAUUGUCAAAGGACGAUUCCCCGCCCACGCUCGGGCCCAGCUGCAGCGACUGUGCAACUGGAAUCCAGCACCCGCAGAGGCGUGCCACAGUCCCGAGGGGUCCAGAGGAGGAGAGAGGAGCCGCCGCCCGCCGCCGCCGCGGCCACCUCCCAGGACAUUCCCGCCUUCUACUUCCCCCGAGGCCGCCCGCAGGACACGGUCAACACCGACGCGGUCAUCGCCCGCGUCGAGAGGACCUUCGCCGAGUUCCCGCAGGAGAGGGCCACCAUGGACGACAUGGGCCGGGUGGCCAAGGCCUGCGGCUGUCCACUCUACUGGAAGGGUCCACUGUUCUACGGCGCCGGGGGAGACCGCACGGGCUCCGUGUCCGUCCACAAGUUCAUCGCCAUGUGGAGAAAGGUCCUGCGCAGCUGCCACGACGACGCCGCCAAGUUCGUCCACCUGCUGAUGAAUCCCGGCUGCGACUACCUGGUGCCGGAGGACUUCGUCCCCUUCCUGCAGGACGUGGUCAACUCGCACCCCGGCCUGUCCUUCCUGAAGGAGGCGUCCGAGUUCCACUCUCGCUAUAUCACCACCGUGAUCCAAAGAAUAUUCUACACGGUGAACAGGUCGUGGUCCGGCAGGAUCACCUGCGCCGAGCUGCGGAGAAGCUCUUUCCUCCAGAACGUGGCCCUCCUGGAGCAGGAGUCGGACAUCAACCAGCUGACGGACUUCUUCUCCUACGAGCACUUUUACGUCAUCUACUGCAAGUUCUGGGAGCUGGACACGGACCACGACCUCUUCAUCGACGCGCAGGACCUCGCCCGGCACAACGACCACGCCAUCUCCACCAGGAUGAUCGAGAGGAUCUUCUCCGGGGCCGUGACACGGGGUAAGAAGGUCCAGAAGGAAGGGAAGAUCAGCUACGCCGACUUUGUCUGGUUCCUCAUCUCCGAAGAAGACAAGAAGACCCCGACCAGCAUCGAGUACUGGUUCCGCUGCAUGGACCUGGACGGGGACGGCGUGCUGUCCAUGUUCGAGCUGGAGCACUUCUACGAGGAGCAGUGCCGCCGGCUGGACAGCAUGGCCAUCGAGGCGCUGCCCUUCGAGGACUGCCUGUGCCAGAUGCUGGACCUGGUGAAGCCGCAGGCCGAAGGCAAGAUCACCCUACGCGACCUGAAGAGGUGCAAGCUGGCCGGCCUCUUCUUCGACACCUUCUUCAACAUCGAGAAGUACCUGGACCACGAGCAGAAGGAGCAGGCCUCGCUGCUCAGGGACAGUGACAGCGACGGCCCCGAACUCUCGGACUGGGAGAAGUACGCCGCCGAGGAAUACGACAUUCUGGUGGCCGAGGAGGCUGCCACUGACCCCUGGGACGACGGGUACGACGCGGAGCUGACCCCCGUGGACCAGAAGCUGAGCCCCCUGCGGCCCGCCCUCGCCCAGCGCCCCUUCUUCGAGUCCCCGUGUCCACUGAGCGACGUGGACUUGUACCAGUACAACAGCGAGGAGGAGGACGAGGACGAGGACGAAGAAGACGAGGACGACGAGGACCUGCCUCCGUCCUGA